AAGUCCAAUCUCCGCGUUGAAAACAGUUGAGACCGCCUUUUGCUAAUAUUGCUUGAUCUUGUCCACUUCAAAUCCCUUUCAAUUGCUUCCUGAAUCCAGUCGGCUGCAUUCACUGACCCGCCAAAAUGCCUAUCGCUCUUGAGAAGGAAGACCACCAGCGCGAUCUGGACUUUCGAAAUGCGCUACAUGGCAAGACAGCGACGAAGGAAGCCGGUAUUCGCUCCAUGAUAGGCAAGGGCAGUGAGGCGCAGAAACUUGCUGUGCAGGACUAUUUCAAGCACUUUGACAACAAGAGCUCCGCAGAGGAGACGGAGGCCGACCGCAAGGCACGCAGAGACGAGUACGCCACCCUUACCAGACACUACUACAACCUUGCCACGGAUCUGUACGAGUAUGGCUGGGGCGGCUCGUUCCACUUCUGCAGGUUCGCGUACGGCGAACCCUUCAGACAAGCUAUCGCACGUCACGAGCACUACCUUGCACACCAGAUAGGAAUCAAGGAGAAUAUGACCGUUCUUGACGUCGGAUGCGGCGUAGGUGGCCCGGCCCGUGAAAUUGUUAAGUUCACCGGUGCAAAUGUGGUCGGCCUGAACAACAACGACUAUCAGAUUGAACGUGCAACUCACUACGCACACAAGGAAGGUCUGGCUGACAAACUCAAGUUCGUCAAGGGUGACUUCAUGCAAAUGACCUUCCCAGAUAAUUCCUUUGAUGCUGUGUACGCUAUCGAAGCCACUGUCCACGCUCCCUCCCUGGAAGGUAUCUACUCAGAAAUCUUUCGCGUCCUUAAGCCAGGUGGCACUUUUGGUGUGUACGAGUGGCUCAUGACUGAUGCAUACGACAACGACAACCCUCAUCAUCGGGAGAUCCGUCUCGGUAUUGAGCAAGGUGACGGUAUCUCCAACAUGGAGAAGGUCGAAGUUGCGCUUGCUGCAAUGAAGGCCGCCGGUUUCGAACUCAUCCUGAACGAGGAUCUUGCUGAUGAAGAGCACGAGAAGAGGGACUAUGCGCCAUGGUAUUGGCCAUUGAGCGGCGAGCUCAAGUACAUCGGCAGCGUGUUCGAUUUUUUCACCGUUGUAAGGAUGACGCACACGGCGAGGUGGACUAUCCACCGUCUGCUAGGUCUUGGCGAGAAGAUCGGUAUCAUUCCACACGGUACAGCCAAGACGGCCGAUUCGCUGGCUCUGGCUGCGGACUGCCUCGUCGCAGGUGGCAAGGAGAAGCUGUUCACGCCUAUGUAUCUGAUGGUUGGCAGGAAGCCAAAGGCAUAGUCACUGGGUUGUCUCUUUUUGUCCGAUUUCUCGUUUCCCGUGGUUUCAUAUGACUUUGUAUUUUUUCGCAAUCUCUUGCCUAGCUUAAACUAUUAUAAUGUCGUCCGCAUCGGGAGCAGCGAGAGCAUGGCGCAGGUAUGGUGGAGCCGAUCUAAAUACAGGGUGGUUGUAGUAGCAUUAGGAUACCUCGUCAUACUUAUCAUUGGAACUUCCCUUCCUCCAAAAUAACUGUAGCAGAGCUCUAUUCCUCAUCAGCUUGGUUGGCGACAAGGCAUGUUGCCAAGGCUUUAUAGCAAACGACAAGUAACUCGUCUUUUAUCA